UUAUUUCUUGUUCAUUUGCAAGUCUGAAUAACCUUUAGUUUAUGGCUUAAUAGCAAAUCUUUCUAUCACUGUUUUGCUAUUGGCUGCUCGGCAAUAAAAGUUUUUUAAGUUUCCUGUGUUCCAAGUACUCCGUACUGUACUGUAAGCGCUGCUAACAGUUUCCUGGGUGGAUUUGAUUUAAAGUCAUGACAGUUACAACUACUUGGGAUCUUAGGAGAAUUCUACCUAAGACAUAUGAUCACAGGACAGAGGUCCUAUCAGAAAUCUCUACGGUUUUGUCUCAGCACAGACACCUCGAGGCAGUGACAGACAGAUUUGGUAAGCAUUUGGAUAAAGUUUUUAAUGAUGGCACAGCGAAGAACUUAAUGUGUUUGACUGGAACCAUCAUGGUGGUAUAUAAAGGGAAACCAUACAACAUUCCUGUUUGUUUGUGGCUAAAGCAAAGUUAUCCAAGAACUGCUCCCAUCUGCUAUGUGAAACCCACCCAUGAAAUGAUGAUUGUGUCCAGUAGGCAUGUCAACAGCAAUGGAGAGAUCAUGUUGCCUUACCUGGAUGAGUGGAGUCAUACACAGUGUGAUCUGCACAGUUUGAUUCAGGUUAUUAUGGCUGUGUUUGGUGAAGUCCCUCCUCUGUGCAUGCGACCCGAAUACUCAGGCUCAGUUCACCCACCAAUGUACUCAGUGGAGGAACUCUCGCAUGUAAAGCUGGAUACAGAAGAUCAUCUGUUCAAUGAACUCAAUGAAACAAGCUGUUAAAAUAACUUGAAAAAAGUUUUUGUUAAUGUAAACAGUGAUAUCAAAAUGUACACAAUGUAAAAUGGAUUAGCUAGAAAAGAUGAAUGAAUGAUAAAUUAAAGAAAAUUAAUGAAAGUUGAAAUAAAUAAAUACAUUAAAAAUUAUAUAAAAAUAAAUAAAAUAAAAAGAAUUAGAAAUUUAAAAUACAUGUAAAUUCUCCAAUUUGUAUGUAAAUGUAAUGAUUUGUUUAAGCAUGGUUGCUGUUUUUAAUGUAGAUAUUGUAAUGUGGUUCAUGCUGUUUUUACCCGCAAUGUUGAAUUCAUUGUACCCACAAAAUAAAAAAGU